CUUCUCAUCUCUCUAGAAAGGUUUCAUUAAGCGAUCACAUAUUAUAAAAUUAAUAAUAAAAACAAAAGGAUGACACAAAAAGGAGAGCGGAGAUUACUCAACCCCGAAAGCAUUUUCCAGAAAUCCUUGCAACUGAAAGUACUUCCAGCUUACUACUACUAUUUUUCAUAAAUUAUUUCUCUCUCUCUCUCUCUCUCUAUAUAUAUAUAUAUACACACACACACACAUAAUAAAACAGCACUUGCCAUACAUACUCUGCCACCUAACAAUUUUACCUCAGCUUUAUAUGCAGUGCAGUCUGGUAAUAUUUGAAAAAGUUGAUUUUGUUUGUUACCAUGGUAUUUUUGGUCAUCUAAUGAGAGAAAGAUGUAUGUGUUCUACUGACUUCUAUCAUCAUCUCGCUGCCUGCUGUAUGAGAGAGAGAGAAAAAAAAAACAGAAAAGGGAUGGGGUUUUGUGUGGAGGGAAUCUAGCUUUCCUUGUCCCGUUGAAUUAUAAGGCUUCCACUCCACAGGCAACCAAGCAAAGGUGUAGACCAAGGCUUUUUUGAUUUUCCACUUUUGCACCUUGUGAAGUGACUUGUCUUUAGUUUUGAUUUAUUGGUCGGUUUGUGUCAGCUGAGAUCAAUUUGAAUGAUUUUUAACUCUUCUUCUUCUGUUUUUUUUCCUCUAGAAAAUUCGAAUAUUUUUUAUUUGCAUCCGUUCACACUUUGAUCAUUUUGACUUGCGGAUUAAGAAGUUGAUGCAAUAAUAAUAUUCGUAUCUGAAAACCCCAACUUGAGGACUAGAGUAGUAGUAGUAGUGGUGGCAUUUGUUGAUUGCUUUAGUUUUCUCCUAUUAGUGUAAAACUCAAGAAAUUCCAACAAAAAUUAGCAAGCGAAAAUUCGAUUCCAAUUCUGGGAUUUUAUGAGACUCGAAACAGUUUCGAGCCUUAAAAGAUUUUCGAGAUUGAGCCUGUUUAUUGCUGCUAUAAGAAGAUGAGAGCGGGACUAAGUACGAUCCAGCAAACCCUAACGCCAGAGGCAACGAGUGUAUUGAACCACUCGAUCGCCGAGGCGGGUCGCCGUAAUCAUGGCCAGACAACGCCGCUUCACGUGGCGGCGACACUCUUGGCGUCGCCUUCGGGCUUCCUCCGACAAGCUUGUAUUCGUUCUCAUUCCAACUCUUCCCAUCCUCUUCAGUGCCGAGCUCUAGAGCUCUGCUUCAGCGUGGCACUCGAGCGACUACCCACCACCCAAAACGCGACCUCUUCCGCCAUGGAACCCCCGAUUUCCAAUGCUUUAAUGGCAGCGCUGAAACGGGCACAGGCGCAUCAGCGGCGAGGUUGCCCCGAGCAGCAGCAACAGCCUCUUCUAGCGGUCAAAGUGGAGCUGGAACAGCUCAUAAUAUCGAUUCUUGAUGACCCAAGUGUUAGCAGGGUUAUGCGGGAAGCGAGCUUUUCGAGCCCAGCUGUUAAGGCAACCAUUGAACAAUCAUUGAAUUCUCAGGCGGCCGCUGUUAAUCACUCAUCAUCCACAAUUGGAAUUGGGUUUCGGCCAACCCCGACGCCCAUGCCCAUACCAAUUCCAAUUCCACAUCCACAUCGUAAUUUUUAUAUGAAUCCUCGACUGCAGCAGGAGGGGGGGAAUUAUGCGGCUGCUCAAUUGGGGCGGCAGCAAAGAAACGAUGAAGUUAAGCGGAUUGUUGAUAUAUUGUUAAGGACUGAGAGGAGAAACCCAGUUUUGGUUGGCGAGUUAGAGCCUGAGACGGUGUUAAAGGAUCUACUGAGGAGAAUUGACAAGGGAGAAGAAUUUGGUGAUGGACCACUUAAGAAUGUUCAGGUGAUUCCAGUAGGAAAGGAGCUUGCUUUGAAUAAAACACAAAUACCCAUGAAGCUUAAGGAAUUGGGGGGGCUUAUCCAGAAUUCUAAUGCUGGAGCCAUUAUUCUUGAUUUGGGUGAUUUGAAAUGGCUUGUUGAGCAACCUGUGAGUUUUGGAGUUCCGGGGUCAGGUCCGCAACAGGUUGUUUCCGAGUCAGAGCGCAUGGCUGUGACAGAGAUGAGGAAGCUAUUGGCAAAUUUUAGAGAGGGUAGCAGCCGUUUGCUUUGGUUGAUUGGAACUGCUACAUGUGAGACUUAUUUGAGGUGCCAGGUUUAUCACCCUUCAAUGGAAAAAGAUUGGGAUCUACAGGCGGUGCCAAUUGCUUCAAGAUCACCUCUUCAGGGGAUGUUUCCAAGGGUGGCAACCAAUGGAAUUCUUAGCAGCUUAGCUGAGCCUCAAAGUCUGUUGAAGAGUUUCCCAACUGCUCUAACAAGACGUGCCUCUGAGAACUUGGAUCCAGCUCGAAGAAUGAGCUGUUGCCCACAGUGUAAUGAGAACUAUGAACAAGAGCUAGCAAAACUAGUAGCGAUGGAGUGUGAGAAAUCCUCUUCUGAAGUUAAAUCAGAAGCAGCUCGGCCACUGCUGCCACUGUGGUUGCAAAAUGCCAGAGUCCAUAAUAAUGAUGUUAAAACAAUGAAUAUUCCGUGGCAGGCCAGGGAUCGGGAAGUGAUCUUCAAGCAGAAAAGUCAAGAACUAGUAAAGAAAUGGAAUGAUACGUGCUUGCGUUGUCACCCUAAUUUUCAUCACAAUCUUAGUUCUGAGACAUCCGCUCCUACAGCUCUCUCAAUGGCAGGGUUGUACAAUCCAAACCUGCUUGUGCGCCAACCUUUUCAACCGAUGUUACAACAAACCAGAAAAAAUGGAGAAAGUCUGCAAUUGAACGCGAAUCCAGUGGCCAGCCAACCUUUGCAGCGUUCUGGUAGCCCUCCUAGAAGUCCUGUAAGGACAGACCUUGUUCUUGGGCAGACAAAGAUCACGGAAACCCACCCCGAUAAUACCCAAAAAGAGCAUGUAAAAGACUUCUUGGGCUGCAUCUCUUCUGAAUCACAGGUCAAGUUCCAUGAAUUGCAGAGGGAGAAAUUCGCUAAUACAUUAGAUGUGGACUCAUUUAAGAAGCUCCUUAAGAAUCUAAAGGAGAAGGUGUGGUGGCAGCAGGAAGCAGCUUCUGCAGUGGCUACAGCUGUAAGUCGAUGCAAAUUAGGCAAUGGAAAACGGAGGGGAGCUGAAUCAAAGGGUGACACUUGGCUAUUAUUUGCAGGCCCUGACAGGAUGGGCAAGAAGAAGAUGGCAUCAGUUCUUGCAGAGCAGCUGUGCGGGACCAAUCCAAUAAUGAUAUGUCUUGGGUCACGGCGUGAUGAUGAGGAAACAGAUUUGAAUAUCCGUGGUAAGACAACACUUGAUCGCAUUGUUGAGGCAGUUCGUCAGAACCCAUUCUCAGUAAUUAUGCUGGAGGACAUUGAUGAAAUGGAUAUGGUGGUUCGUGGGAGUAUAAAACGGGCAAUGGAUAGGGGUCGUCUUGUUGAUUCUCAUGGUCGUGAGAUGAGUCUUAGGAAUGUUAUAUUCAUACUCACAGCAAAUUCAUUUCCAGAUGAUUUCAAAAACUCACUGAAUGCACAUUUGGUUGAUGAAAAAAGGCUUGCCUCUAUUGCAAGUGGGUGCUGGCAAUUGAGGCUAUCCAUUGGUGAAAAGAGUGUAAAGCGCCGAGCCAACUGGCUACACGAGGAUGAGGAUAGGCCCACAAAGCCUAGGAAAGAAAUGAGUUCCAACAUAGCAUUUGACCUUAAUGAAGUUGCUGACAGUACUGAUCAGGAUAAUAGGACUACCGAUGGGUCUCACAGUUCAAGUGAUCUCACCAUCGAUCAUGAAGAAGAUGACCAUCAUGGCCUUGACAACAUAGCAUCGGUUCCUCAUGAUCUGGUCAAUUAUUUAGAUGAUGCCAUAAUCUUCAAGCCUGUGGAAAUCGGGCCCAUUCGCCGUGAGAUUAGGAGUGCAAUCACAAAGAAGUUUUCCUCGGUGGUGAUUGAUGAGAAGCUGUCAAUACAAGUUGAAGACGAGGCUCUUGAGAAGAUUUUAGGCGUGGUAUGGCUUGGUAGAACAGAGUUGGAAGAGUGGGCUGAUAAGGUGUUGGUGCCGAGCUUCCACCAGCUCAAGGCACGCCUACCCUCCGAAUCUGACCAAACUAUGUUGUUGAUCCGACUCGAACUCGAAAGAGAUUCGGAUAGCUGCAGAAGUGGAGAUCCAAGUAAAAUCACAGUAAUGAAUGGUUGAUGGAGUAUGAGUAGUUUGUUGGUUACUACUUAGUGUUGAAAGAGAUGGAUUUGCUCAUUUCUCUUGGGCAAAGAUGUAAAUAUACCACAACUGUUUGGUGGGUGGUGAGUUUAAGAGAUGAAAUUGAUUGAAGGUUAGAAAGAGGAAGGUGUUGAUAAAUUUAGAGAAUUUAUAGAGGUUCUUACCCUUUCUAGUUAUUUAAUUUCUUUAUGUAAUAAUUUUAAUUAUAUUCUCAUAAAUAUUUGUUAAAUACAUGGACAAUGAUUAUUAAAUAAGACGAGGCAUUCCUCCUGAAA